AUUCCAAUUGCGUAAUUUUGUGUAUUAUGGAAUCAUCACGAAGUCGAAGCAGACGAAAUUCUGUUUUCUCCCGGAUUUUCUCCACCAAAGGAAUUAGUAACGAUGUUUGCCGUUGACUUUAAAAAUGAGGAUGAAGUCAAAGAUUACAUCAAGAAUGUUGGAACAGAAUAUAGUUUUCAGUGCUACAAGGAAAAAACGCCUGAUGGUUGUUACAGACUUGGGGAUUUCUUUUCUGCCGUGAAGAAGGAUUUCUCCCAGGCAGCCAAGGCUUAUCAGAUGAGCUGUGAUGACUUCAACCACCCGAGGGGGUGCAGCAAAACUGGAGCUUAUUAUCUUCAUGGAAAAGGUUUUGAGAAGGACAGAGAGAAGGCGCUUCAUUACUUCAUCAAAGGCUGUAACCUAGGCAAUCAAGACGCUUGCUUUGGGGCUGGAUCUGUUCUCAUGUCUUCCAAGAAUGGCACUAGUACCCCAGACUCCACUUUAAAACAAGACAGGGAUAAAGGCCUCAAGCUGCUCGAGACUGCAUGUAAAAAGGAUCACCAGGCUAGCUGUUUCAACCUGAGUGCUGUCUACAUCAAGGGGUUGAGCGGAGUGGAGAAGGAUAUGAAGAGAGCGAUUGAGUAUUCAACACGGAGCUGCGAACUGGGGCACAUGUACGGUUGCGUGAACGCAAGCAGGAUGUAUAAACUGGGGGAUGGCAUCCCAAAGGAUGAAGCCUUGGCGAUUAAAUUCAAGGAGAGGGCGAAGACGCUACAUGAGGAAGCCCAGGAAGUGAAUAGGCAGCUUCAGUUUGGUCAGACGUCAUGAUCAAAGACCUUCAGGGGUGUGAGAGUUCAGAUUUUUAGCUGAUUUCUGAUUUUUUGUUGUUUGAUUUUCAGCUUAAUUUCAGCUUAUUUUUGGCUUUCCUCUGUACAAAAAGUAUGGGAGCUCUUUCUAUUUCAGAUUUUUUCGACACCCUUCAGCUUUUUUCAGAUCUUUUUAUUUGUGACCACUCACACCCCAGGACCUUGCCAUUCACUAGUCCGAAGGUGACUCUGCGUAUAAAGUCAAAUCUCUGGAGACUACGAAAUUCUGUUCAACUUGAAUGAAAUCAAACUUAGAUGUUAUCGUUUUGCCUAUUCUGGUCUGAAAUAAUGCUUCGAUUUAGACGAUUAUGGGACUUACGAAGAACGGCUUUGGCAGAGUUUUCUUUAUUAUGAACUUUUUGUAUGUGCAUGUACAUGUAAGUAGUAUAAUCUAGACGGAGGCUGCAGUGAUAACUUUGCUGUUGCAGGAAAAGUAAGCGAUGUGUCUGAUGCGGCAAGACUACAGAGGAUGAGAAGCAACUACCAGCUUAACCCCAUCGUGUUGCUCAAGUUGUUUUUUCCUUAUAUCAAACGUAAUGCGGUUCAGGUUGUUCAUUUUUAAAGAAAAUUUCACUAGUAAUUAGUAAUUUUGUCAAUUAAAGGAAUACAAAAUCAAGACAGAAGUGUAUAAGAGAUGGCCUCAGCCACAGUUUGUAGCCUCGUCCUAUCGGACAUAUCGCUUUGGUUUCGCAUCUAACAGCAUCAGACUGUUAAAUACAAAGAAAAUAGUUGCAGUCUCUACCUACAUUACAGGCUAUCUUUAAACCAAUGAGCAAAAAUUGGAACGAUUUAAAGAGGAAUUACCCCCUUACCAGAUUUUUAUCUGAAAAGUAAGGUGAAAUUCAUCUUUAACACUUUGUAUAGAUUUGUGUGAGUGUUUUGGGAACAUAUUAGCCAGGCCUAAAUGAUGCAUCUUAGAGUCGAUCGACAGUUUGUUUGCAAUUGAUCAUUACAACUUUUAACAUCAUUUCUUUCAUAUUAGUGGCCCAUGUUCGGAGUUCAAUGGGAGGGGGGGUCACAAAGAUGUGUGACUAAACAUUGCAUGUAUAUUCUCAGUUACAUAUGAUUAUGGCAGAUAAUAUAUUACCGCAUAUGUAUGCCUUUUCAUUUUUUCCCUUCCUUUAUAGUGCCCAAUUAAAUAAUGGCCUUACCUCUAUGAAUUAUUAAUUCGAGCCCUGCUAGACCAUAUAAGGAAUGAUCCAACCUACAUUGGACAAAGUGGGUAUACACUAUGGCCCGUAUUCUGAAGUCGGGUUUAACUUAAACUCAGGUUUAAAGUUGUGGUUUAACUAUGGAGAGCCAAUUGGGGCACGAAUCCCUAACAGUAAACAUUCAAUUUAUUAACUCAUAUGACAUCCAAAUUGUUCAUAAUUGUCUUGGAAUGAUAACGGAAGUAUUUUUCUUCAUUAUGAAAUGCUAAAUGAAACAAAAUAGUAAACAUAGGUAAUAUAAAAUAUAAACAGAAUUUUUGGCUCCCGAUAAUUUUAGCACAGAGUUAGACCGUGGUCUAAGUUAAACCUGACUUCACAAUACGGGCCUAUAGGUUUAAAGAGACAACUGGUUGUCAAUGAUAGAAUGAGUGUUCAUUGUCAUGUCACUGACAGUGUGUUUUAAUAAGAUGAAAAUUCAUUGAAUUGAUAAUAAACUGUUUGAAUUUAUUUAAAGCAA